ACAUGUGAGGUAACAACAGUUGGUUCUUUCAGCCCGGAUUAAUAAUACCUGUUAUUUGUUCGCGAUUACUCCACUGCUAUAUUUGUAAAGUAGUUUAACUGUGUUUAGACUUUAUCUGCCAUACUUUUAAAGAUGUAUAUUCAUUUGGCUUUGUUGCCGUUAAAGGAUAAGGCAGACAGUGGGUCGUUUUGCACUUAUUUACAAGACUUCUGUAGAUAUUAAGGGUCCAGAUUUCUUCUAGCUGUCAGAGAGCAGUGACCCUGCUGUUGGGGAAACAGUGCAAUGCGGCGCCUCUAUGUUGGAGGGUUGAGUCACACAGUCACCCAGAAGGAUCUGAAGGAUCGAUUUGGAAAGUUUGGAGAUGUGGAGGACGUGGAGCUCCGUACCAGGAGAGAUGAUGAAGGUGUUCCUUACAAAACCUUCGGCUACAUUAACAUCGACAUUUCGGAUGCCGACCUGAAGAAAUGUAUGACCGUGCUGAACAAGUCCAAAUGGAAAGGAGGAACUCUGCAGAUCGAAGCAGCUAAAGAGAGUUUCCUUCACAGACUGGCUGAGGAGAGGCAGGCGGCAGACGAGCAGCGCCAGCAGCCUCAAGAAGCCGAGGACUCGAGACUGAAGAUGUUGGACUCACUGAGUAAAGCCGGAGUGGAAAACUUCACCAUGAAGGCUGCAGUGCCAGGGACUGAAAUACCCGGACACAAGGAGUGGGUCGUCAGUAAAUUCGGACGAGUCCUCCCCAUCCUGCAGCUGCGGUGCCAGAAAGGCAGCAAAGCUCGAACCCAGAAGUACGACCCCUCCAAAUACAGCCACAACAUCCGCAAGUUGGACCGGAACACCGAAGAGCAGCACACACCUAUCACUCAGCUCACCUGGGAGAUACAGGGAGGGGACGAUGACAUCAGCAAGAAGAGGCGCGGAGAGUUUCCUCCAUUUGAGCCCUCGAGGCCAAAGAAGAGCCGGACUGACACGGUCAACUCUCACAAUGCAGUGAACAGAACCAGAUUAAAGCCGUCUGUUCACUCCGUCGAUCACACCAAAGAACGUCGCUCUACCAACGGUUACCAACCAACGACAAACCACAGACCAGCUCAGAGGAGGGAGGUUCAGUUUCCAGUGAAUCACAAUGACGAUGAUUCGGACGAGGAAAUCCGCAGAAUGGUGGCGGCUCAGGACUCCUCCCGUGUCGCGCUGGAGGAGGCAGACGAGGAUCACCUGGAAGUGGUCGGACUCGACUACUUGGAGAAGAGUGGACGCUCCCAUCUGCUACGAAGAGAUGACAAAGAGGAGAAAGAGUACUACUCUGCAGACACAGAUGAACUCCUCGCCUCCAAAAAACCUCCACUGACGCAGGAGAGACCGACUCCGCCCACGGUAAAAAAGGGGAAGACGAAGAAAGCAGUUGAGGAAGAGGAGGAGUCAUCAGAUGAUGAUCACCUCAGGUCGACGAAGCUAAAAGCUGAAAAGAGUUCUCAGAGCCUAAGUAAGAAGGUGAAUGUCGUGCCUGUUGUGGAAUCAGAAAGUGAUGAAGAUGAUGAAGAGGAGGAGGAGUCAUCAGAUGCUGAAGAUCACCUUUGGCCAACAAAGCUUCAACCUGAAAAGAGUUCUCAGAGCCAAAGUAAGGAGGGGACCGUCGUGCCUGUUGUGGAAUCAGAAAGUGAUGAAGAGGAGUUGGAAUCAGCUGAUGACUCUGACUCUGACUAUGAAGCCAUGUUUGCUAACGUCACUCAUCUGGAGAUCUCCCUCGCUGAUCUUCAGAGGAUAGCUGAAGAAUCCGAACAGACCUCCGAGACCACAACUCCCAGCAUGCUCGGCUCCUCCUCCAAACAAGGAGACGUGCUUAAAUCCGCUCCGAAGAAAGGGACCACGCCCGAAGAAAUCCUGGCCUCCCUCAUGGAGGACAGCAGCGAUGAUGAGCAGAAGAAGAAGAAAAAGAAGAAGAGGAGAGCGGACACGUCGACGCCGCUGCCGGCCUUCCUGGGGACAAGAGCGCUGAGCAAGGGAUUGGGAACAGAAGAGGGGGAGGAGGAGGGAAGAGGAAGAGAGGUUAAGAAACAGAAGCUGGACUCUGAAGCUCCUCGACUGGAGCUCCAAGAAACUACAACCAGCAGGACUCUGAAGGUCACAGAACCAGAGAAGAAGACUUCAGAGAGCAGUGAAGAAGAGGAGGAGGAAGAAGGGGAGAGUGAGGAUGAAGAGGAAGAAGAGGAGAGUGAAGAAGAAGAAGAGCAGGAGGACAUAAAGGAGGUGGAGAAGAACAAGGCCGCUGAAGGAGUUUUAAAAGUUGUUCAAACUAAAGCUACAGGGAACACUGAGAAAACUGAGGCUGGUUCCUCCUCCAGUGAUGAUGAAGAGGAAGAAGAGGAGGAGGAAACAAAGGCAGGUCUUACAAAAGCAGCAGCAAAGACCUCACCUUCAUCCUCCAGUGAAGAAGACGAGGAUGAACAAGAUAUAAUUUCUGCCAAAGAUGCUGUAAAAGCCGCUCCUCUACCUGCUCAUCAAAGUGAGUCCUCCUCCUCCUCUUCUUCCUCAUCGUCCAGCGAAGAAGAGGAGGAGGAAGAAGAAAAGCCCGCUCCUCCUCACAGGGUGUCGCUGGGAGCUAAGGAGGAGGAGGAGCGACAGAGGAAGGCGAACACGAGGAGGCUGGCUGCCGUCCAGCAGAGACAGAGAGAGACUGAAGAAGCCAAGAAGCUGAUUCAGGGAGCUCUGGCCAACCUGGAUGCACCUGCAGCCGGAGGAGGGAAACACAUCGUCUUUGGCUCUGAUGAUGAUGAGGAUAGUGGUGAAGAAAAAAAGCAGCAGGCAAUGGCAGGGAUCACAACGCCAAAGAAGACACUGUUCAAGGACAGCCAAUCAGAGGACGAGUCAUCAAGUGACGAGGAGGAAAUGGCGAAUAAGAAGGAAAAGGUGCAUCUGAAGCCGUCUGUCCCUCAGCUCUUCAGUGCCAGUGAUGACGAGUUGGACAUUGAUGAAGAGGAAGGCAGCAGGUUUGACAUCAGGCCUCAGUUUGAAGGCCAAGCCGGGCAGAAGCUGAUGGAGCUGCAGUCUCGCUUCGGGGCAGACGACCGUUUCAGGAUGGACUCUCGCUUCUUAGAGGAGGAGAAGGAGGAAAAGGAGGUGGACACAGAGAGAAAGAGGAGUGUGACGGAGGACGAUGAGGCUCUGGAGGAGGAGAGGAAGAAGAACUUGUCCAUCCUGCAGAGCGUCCUUGGCAGCAGCCAACAAACCUCCAGCAGCAGCAAACCAGCCGUCAAGGCCAAAACCUUCAGAGAUGUCUCAGCGUUGCAUUACGACCCCAGCAAAGAGGAACACGCUGCGUUCGAGACUAAAACAGAGGAAACCAAAGAAAGCAAAGCAGCCCGGAGGAAGAAAAGGGAGGAGGCGCAGAAGCUUCCGGAAGUUUCUAAGGAGAUUUAUUAUGACGUCUCCGGUGACCUGAAGGCCGUGUUUGGUGCCUCAAAGCCCGAAGUCACAGAAGAAGAAGAGAAACAGAACUGGGACCAAGAGGAAGAAGAACAGGAGGAAAUAAAGGAGGAUGAAGAGCCGACCCUGCUGUCAUCUCUCCUCUUAGCUGAUGCGGGCGCAGAGACAGAGGAGGAUCUGUCUGGGUUCAAGUUCUCUUUCUUUGGAGACGACGCAGAAACAGAAAGUAAACAAACAGAAGAGUACAAAGUAGAGAGCAUUCAGGGACCAAAGGUGUCCUGGCAACAAGACCCACGUUUCCAUGACAGCAGCUCAGAGGAGGAUGAAGAAGAGCGGAAAGAAGAUGUGGAACAGACAAGCAUCGCCACUACAACCACAGAAAAGGAGACUCCUGCAAACAAUGAUCGAUUCUUCUUCUUCCUGGAAGACAGCAGACUGACAGAGGGUCCCAAGUUGUUCUGUCGUUCCUCUCACUUGGAGGAGCAGAGGGAGCAAUGGGAGGAGACGAGGACUGCACUCAGACAGGAGUACCGCAAGAAACACAAGGAGGCCCGCAGGAAACUAAAGUCCUCUCAGAAGAGCUGAGGAGUGUGGGAGUGUCAUCAUGAUUCUUCCUCUUGGUGUCAUUUCUCUUCUCUGGACUGAAUAAAGUCCUCAGCAGGAGGGACCCUGAAUAUCUCCUGAAAACACAGACUUUGACAGGAAUUCAAGAUCAUCAGUGUUCGAUUUAUUUUGUAUUUGAAUACAGACAUGUUGUGUGGUAUGAGCUUCGGUUUGGCUGUCCUCUUCAGCCUGAGGUUCAAACCUUGUUGUAAAAAUGAAUAAACCAACAAGCUUGUUCAUGCUA